ACUUUCUCCUCAAGCUUGUUUCUGAUUUUUCCAACAUAAAAAGGCGCCAUUUGCUUAGCCUGACAUUCAAAACUUCAAAACCUCCAAAACCCUAGCUCACUCUGAAUCACCAAUCAUGCUUCCUCACUCCUACACCACUGAUCCCCAAUCAAAGUCCCAAUCCCUCGCCUCCACAAUCCUCGCCGCCUCAUCGCCGCCCCAAAUCUCCGCCGCCUGCGCUGCCGUCGACUCCUUCCUCCACCACCACAACCCCGACCAGUCCCGUCACUUCUUCUCCAUCGCAUUCCCAACCCUAAUUUGCAAGCUCUUCGGCUUCGAUGACUCUUCUCCUCAAAACCCCAAUUCACCCAAUGGCUGGAUCGACGCCGUCUUUGCAUCCAACGAUCGCGAUUUCGCCUCUAGGGUUUUCAACCUUCUCUCCCCUGACAGUGUCUUGAUGCAAUCCAUCUCCGCCGUGGAUCGCCAAUCUCUCGUCAAAUAUGUGUUCCCCGUCGAGCGGUUGCCGGAGUGGGUUCGUUUCGUGCUUCAAAGCAACAGGGAUUGUCGUAUUUUACCCGAUUUGUGUCCCUUAUUCAAAGGCAGGGUUAAGGAAGAUUCCGUUAAGGGUACCUCAUUUCAAAUUCAGUUGAACGUGUUUGAGUAUUACAUGUUUUGGUUCUCAUAUUACCCUGUUUGCAAAGGAAAUUCUGAGAAUUCAAGAGAAAUUGCUGUUCGGAAGAGUAGGAGAUUUAGGUUGGAGAAUUGGACCUCGUCAAUUCCAGGAUUUGUGAGUGCUAAGCGUGGAUCAGAGCAAAAGACUGAGUGUAAUUUAUAUAUGCGUCUUCUUUAUGCUUAUCUUCGUGCAUUUGUGCCUAUAUAUGAUUUGACUGCGCAUCAACCUUACCGGAGCUCACUACUUCAUUACUCGACAAUUUAUGAUGGUUCUGCUCUGUUACAAGCUGAAUUUUUGGUUUAUACCUUGAUGCAUUUUUGGAUGGUAGACAAUGAUUUUUCACCGUUAUCUGUUAAUGUCGGCAAAUCAUUUCGGGUGUCCUUUCCAUUUCGAUCGGUGCUGGGUGAGACACCUCCAACUUCUGGGUUGGGAGAAGUGGUGAAGUUGUUUGUGAAGUAUUUGAAUUUGAGUGCGGGUGCAGUCACUGGUGGGUCUGAUUUGGUUGAAUAUGGUGGGAGUCCAAGGUGGAAAGUUUCAGGCCCAGUUGAUGUUGUCAAGACAAGAGAGGUUACAGGUGUUUCCACAUGUCUAGUGUCUUGGAACUCCUUGAUCCAGAGGCCUGUAUACAGGUUCAUAUUGAGGACAUUUUUGUUUUCCCCAAUGGGGGUUUCUAUGAAGAACGUGUCCCAGGUUCUUUCUGUGUGGGUUAGUUACAUGGAACCUUGGAUGAUCAGCUUGGAUGAUUUUUCGGAACUUGAUGCAAUUGGGGACAAACCUGCUAAGAUUUCAACAAAGGAAGUUUCACAGUCUCAAGCUUGUGGGUACUCAUCUUCAUGGCAAGGCUAUGUUUUAUCCAAUUAUCUGUUCUACAAUUCCUUGGUUAUGCAUUUUAUUGGAUUUGCACACAAGUUCCUCCACACAGAUGGAGUGCUAAUAAUCCAGAUGGUAUUGAAGGUUAUAAAUGUGCUGACAUCAUCAAGAGAGCUGAUUGAACUUUUAAAGAAUGUCGAUACUGUAUUUCAUUCUAAACAGGCUGGAUCAGGAAAAUCAAUGCUUAAUAGUUUAUGUAAAUUUGUUCCAUCAAUUCGUGAACAGAUGCAGGAUUGGGAGGAUGGCUUAUGUGAGAGUGAUGCUGAUGGUUCCUUCUUGCAUGAGAAUUGGAACAAAGAUUUGCGCCUUUUUAGUGAUGGAGAAGAUGGUGGACAGCAGUUAUUUCAGUUGUUUAUAUUGCGUGCAGAGUCAGAGUUGCAAACCAUUUCUGGUGAUAAUCUUGCCAACAACCUUCAAUGUAUAGAUUCUCUAAAAGCCCAGGUGAGCUGCUUGUUUGGUGGCCAUAUUAUAAAGCCCAUGUUGGUGACACCAGGAGUGAGACAGUGUCAGCAAUCACGGGACGAAAUAUUUAAGCCUAGGAGAGUUGGCAGCUGCACAUUGGCUGAUGUCAGAUACAAGGGUGACUGGAUGAAGAGGCCCAUCUCUGAUGAUGAGGUUGCAUGGCUUGCAAAACUACUAGUACGGUUGUCGGAUUGGCUGAAUGAGAAUCUUGGGCUAAGCCCAGGGGAGAACAAUCACUUAACUUCUACAUGGUCCUAUGUGGAGGUGUCUGGUGAUGUUUGUGGCCCCAUAGAGACCAUGAAGAUGGUGUGGUGUUCUAUUGGUUCAUGGCUUCUAAUGUGGGGCGUGGCAGUAGCAGGAUUAAUGAGAAAAUAUGGUCUGAGGGUGAACCUGAGGAUGUUGGCCUCCAAGAAAGUUGUAAUGGUUUUGCUUUUGUCUGCUCUGUUCAGUGUAUUAAAAAGGGUUUUCUGCUUCCACAGUGUGUAGAAAAAAACCAAAAAAAAAAAAAAGAAAAGGAAAAAGGGGGUUUUAUAUAGAUUCAAGUAAAGGAAAAAAAAAAAAAAAGAUGAAGUACCAAAGAAAAAAAAAAAAAAAAGGUUGAUGGUGAAUGAAGGAGAGAUUGACUUUUACAAGGGUUUUUUGCAUUGAGUUUUGUUGGUCUUGUAAUUAAGCAUGUGAUCCAAUCAAUAGCAAAAUUUCAAGUUUUUUUUUUUGUAA